GACCGGUCCUUCAACUUCAUUGAUGGACCUCGCCAUAGAAGUCUUUGUUAGAUAUUCGAUCAGUUUCAUUCUCCAUGCAGUUCUUAAAGCGGAUACGCUGGUGGCGCCGGGAGUUGAGGCAGACCCGUCUGGGUAAGAAUUCUGAAGGAAAUCUUAUCAUCAUCUACCCCAAACCACCCGGAUCGGUUACCCCGCCUCCUUAUAUCUUGAAGCUACCAGACGAAAUUCUCUACAACAUAUUCGAAAACCUCACUGACGUAAUAUCAUGGCGAACAUGGAGGCCGACCAAUAUUUCAUCAAAGGUUCUUCUAGAUCUAACAGCUGUCUUACUCGUCUGUCGCCGUUUCAACCAAAUAGCCGACCCCUUACUAUACCAAUCGGCUGCGUUCGAUAUAAUGCCUCGUUGGAAUUUUUCUAUUCGCCAUUUCAAAUACUACCGCUGCAUGAAACUACAUUCAAGCCGUGCCAAAAGCUGCCAAUACCUUUGGUUGUAUGUCCAUCGUAAGCAGAUUGGUCUUACUUCGAAGGAUAUGUACAUGCUUGAGAUCUCGGACAGCUUGAUAAGUUCACUUUCGAACGUACGUACCCUAAAUAUAGACGGGUCGAUCACUAGAAAGGAAGAAUGGGAUAUUCCUUCGCGAGUCACUGAGUAUAUGCUGCGGUUGGAGAAUUUGACACUGAAACGUGGAAAAUGGUCCGAAAUUUUCGAAUUUAUCGAGGGAUCCGAUCUCCCAAUUUUAAAGAGGUUGAUAAUUGUUGGCUAUCGCGACCAAAGCGGGAAAACUAUGGUUAGAAAGGAUAAAAUUGGCAAAGCACCAAUUACUGAAUUAUACGUACUGGAAUUCCUCGGCGGCCGCGAAUGUCUAAAGAAUCUAUUAAGAUGGCCUCGGGCGCUCGAAACCUUUGAGUUCCAGUUGAUGGAUUCCUGGGUUCAGGGGGAUACCAUGCUAUUUGAGACACUUUGGGAGAUGUUACUUUCCCACAUAGAGUCAAUUCGCCAUAUUCACAUACAUUGGCUGGAUAUGAUACAUCCGGAGUCUAGUGUCUUCCACGCGCACACGUUCACUAAUUUGGUGUAUCUUGAAUUACACCUCGACAACAUUCGUUGGGAAUUAGAUAUCGCAGUCGAGGCAUUAUUCGGCGGGUCACUGCGCACUUUGGUGUUGAAUUGCUUGUAUCCAAGAUACCGUAGUACAUCCCUACUCAACCCUAAGUGGAUUGAUUGGCUGGGGGAAUUUGUUAGGGAAGUGGGUAUACUAACGGCAGGCUCGAGAAGAGAAAUCGUCUUGAAGAAUACGGGGAGAAAAUGGAGUCCUUUUCUACCUAAAAGGAUGAUGAGGCAUAACGGAUCCCUUAGAAACGGCCUCCGGCAUAUUGGCUAUAUUGCGGAGGCAGUAGAUGUAAAAUAUUCGUAUGAAGUGGGGGUUGUUGACUGAUGUUCCCCAUGCCCAUUAAGCAACUCCCUUUCUAGCUACAUUGUUCGAUAUAAUCAGUUAAAGGGUCGAUAUGGUGGCCAACUUGGCGGAUGUCAGAUGAAGCUGACACAAUUCCUUGAAAUAUCAACUAACUCAAAGAGCCAAUUUCGCCCCAAUCCCACUCUUCUUCCCGAACAUCUUCCUGACAUCACUAACAAGCAAUUCUGGCUUCUCAAAUGCGGCGAAAUGACCUCCUUCCUCAUGUCGCUUCUCGUAUACUACUGGUCCCACUACAUCAUCUGA